CACCGUUUGGUGCGCUUUGAUUCCUGCAGUAACACUCACCAGACUAUUUUACUUGUGCUUUUGAGGACGGGAUCGCGCACAUGUUGAGGAACAAUGAAGUCCUUGUUGGUGUCCUUGAUGCUCGUUUGGUGUGCAGCCGCUCACCAAAGAGGUCGCAAAGGCUCCGGGGUGGCAUGCACCUUUAAAGACAAGAGAUUCAACCCUGGAGACAGUUGGCACCCUUUUCUGGAGCCCUUUGGACUGAUGCUCUGCAUGCGUUGCUCCUGCACAGAGAUGGGCCAUGUGAAAUGCAGCAAAAUUAAAUGUCCUCCUCUACCAUGUGACAAACCAGUAGAUGAUCCACAACAGUGCUGUCCAAAAUGCACAGGUCGACCCCUCCCUCCCCAUACAAAGCCAUGCUUCAUGUGCCCCAUUAACACAUGCUCUUCUGUCUCAGAUGAACCGAAGAAACCUGCUGGACUGAGAGCUCCGGUGAAGGUGUGCAGAUAUAAUGGAAGUAUUUAUCAACCAGGAGAGACCUUCACCAAACACGACCUUCCUGCAAAGCCAAGCAACGAGUGUGCCAUGUGCUCAUGCUCUAAUGGAAACAUCUUCUGCGUAGUAAAAACGUGCCAGCCAAUCAGCUGCGCCUCUCCUGUCACGGCUUCAGAUACUUGCUGCUUGCUGUGUAAAGAUGCCGGCGUCAGUGGGUCUUCAUCAGCAGAGGAUGCAAACCAGCAGCUCAACAGAGGCGUUAGGCACUCACUGGACCAGUGUCCUGCAGAGCAGCAUGGGCCGCGUUCCGACCGUGUCCUCCAGACCAGGGUCAAGACUUCCCCCAGGCGCCUGAGCCUCAGUAAACUUAAUCUAAGAGGGGCUUCCGAGACCACUGUGAAGAUUUUAUUGCAGAGGCAACACCAGAAAGCAUGUUUGUACAAUGGCAAGACAUACUCGCAUGGAGACACGUGGCACCCAGUUUUGGGGAAGGUCCUGGAAUGCAUCAUGUGCUCUUGUAGUGACGGCCUUCAGGAGUGCAAACGCAUCACGUGUCCCAGUCAGUAUCCAUGCCCACAUCCGGUCAAGUCACCUGGAAAGUGCUGCAAGGCGUGUCCAGAGCGCAAAGCUGCGAGUAACCACACUCAGUGUUAUUCGGGCUACAAAAACAAACUUUUGGUGUACAAAGUGGAAUCCGUUAUGAAAGUGGACUCCCCCAGCACAGUUCGGAUCAUCGCUGUCGAAAGAGCAAGCACUGCUGAAGUGGAGGUGCACGUGUGGAAGGCGGUAGACGGUGUUUUACAGUUGAUGGAAAUUGGGGAUGUUCAAAGGAAAGAUAUCAUGGAUCAUCCAGAGAAUUACACUUUACUGACAACAGUUGAUGAAGAGAUGUGGGGGAAAUUCAAAGAAGGAGCAGGAAAACUGGAUCAAGCUCAGACCGUUUGUGAAGACGGCAUUAGGGAGAUGGUGACGUUCCUAAAUCCCAAGCAGGUGGAAAGCCUGUGUUCUCCCUAACUUGCUUUGGGACUCAUUCUGGGAACAUAAUAUUUGAACUGCAUGAAAAUGUUCUUAUGUCCUCAAGCUACUUUUUAUGCGCAAAUGUUUUUAUUUUCAUAUUUAUUGUUAAUAUAAAUCUUUUUCCUGGUUUUUUUUAGUAGAAGUGGUGUUUUAGUAGAGGUGUGACUGUAUGUACUUGUAGUAUACAAUUGGGAUCAAGGAAGUGGACGUAGCCUCUAUGGUUGAUGAGUGAAGCAGUACUUUCAUGCCUUGUGCUUUUCUUAUUGGCCAGAAGGGGGCGACACCACUAGAAGCAAAAGCGUAAAGGUGGUUAAGAGGCCUAAGUGAAAAUUAGCACAUUGAAACUGAACUCCUUAAGCACAGCGUUAUGUUCGCUUUGUAAAGUACAUUUGUUGUACAGGUGUGCUUGCUGAGGCUAUAAAAGGACAGAUGUGUUUCUCGGAAGCAGUUUAUUUGGAACUGGAGUCCUGCAGCGUCCUCAAAAAUAUAAUUGAUGGUCGAACUGCAAAAUAUUGUAUUGUCUUUUGUCUGCCUUUUCUUAAGCUGUCAUUAUAUUACUUAAUUGCUGUAAAAUUCUACAUUUUUUAAGAUUACAUUUUUAUUGUCUUUUUCUUGGAAUAUUUAGUCUUAAUA